AGCGAGUCACAUUCGUAAUGUAAUAUAAGAAUAAUAUUGUAUAUAUUAGUUGAAGUAAAGCCUAUGUACGGGAUGCUAAACUGCAGUUGAGAGUUGGAAUGCUGAGAUCAUUAUGUAGAAAUUAAUAGGAAUGACAAGGUUCAUGCAGUUACAUACAGUACUUUCAUGUACACAAAUUUCUUUCUAGACCUAUUUAAGUGAAACAGAAGCCAUCUUCUUUCUUAUUUGUAUUUUAGGCAAUUUUGCAUCGGUAUUCGCAUCAGAAUUAGAAUUAUGGCCUUUGCGAUGCAUAAAAUGUAUACCAAUGCACCACCUCCUAAAUUGACUAAAGCCAGAUUACCAAAUUCCAUAGGUUCAAGCAGACUUGUAAAACAAAAUUCAGACCCAACACAGGCUAUUCGCAGACAGAAUAUCAUAGCGCUUGAAGAUUUCACGAUCGACUUAUACUUUGGAAAUAAACGCAGCCAACAAACAUCAGAUAAAGAUGCGGACUUACAAUUUCAGCAUUCCACACCGGUGGGGACGCGUACAGAGCAACAAGAUCAGGCGGAAUCGACGGGUGGACAACGAACUGACAUAAGCGGACGACGGAUAGAUUUAUCAGAGCAACGGAUAGAUUCUCAACAACAACAUACAGAUAGUCACAGCCAAAAUAGGUAUAUUACUUGUUGUGGUAAGGAGAAUCUGGCUGCGCGUGGUACAGACAAAAUGGCUACGUCAGUGAACACAUCUAGAGAUACAGCAAACGAAAUCAACACAAGCCGGAGGCAUCGGCUGCCGACAGCAAAGCGACCUCUUGCCGUCGAACAAAAGUCGGAACUUCAUACAUAAACUAUCACCCACCGGCGAGCUUGAUAGCCCCUUCGUUAGGAUAAACUCAGACAGCUCAUACUGUCCUCGAUUGGGUCGCCCAACCCCGUCCAGCCCACGGUCACCGCGCGCACUAACAUCUAUGAUGUUUGCGCCGUUGCAGUCAGAACAAGGGAACAAGUUCAACUACACGGACCUCAAUACUAUGGAAAUGGUAUUUUGACAAUAGUCUUGUAGAGCAUUAAAGCUGCUCAACAACCUCAUAAACUUGUUUAAAGCUACCCAAUAAACCUCAAAAAUUGUCUGUA